UACGGUUGACGAACAACAACAAGUCGGAACGGCAAGACAAGAGCGCAGGGCCUUGAAAUUAAAUAAAUAAAUACAUAGAAUGUAAAUAAAUUAAGUAAACGUUCUAAGCUAAUUAAAUAAAAAAUGUGCACGCAACGGGAUUUAAAGUACAUAUGGCAAAAUUUUCCUUAGAACGAAAUCUUUUUUUAAUAAAAUGAUAUUUUUUCUCGCGAUAUAUAAUAAAAUCUAUUACCAAUCAUUCGUUAUAUGGCAUAAAAGCAAACCUACGAAGUAGAAAAUAUUCGUAAACUUCUUAGAACUAACUCAGUUGAAACACAUCUUUAACCCGAACAACAAUCUAACAUAACGCUAUCUGGCAACAAAAAAAAAAUGGUUAACUAAUCAAAAGUUUAAUGAUCAAGUGUGAUCUAGAUUCCAACAGAGUAAACGAACUGUAACAGGUGUUAAAAAGAAACCCCUAAAGUAGUAUUUUUCAACUGCGAAAAAUUAUUACAAAAUUUCAAUUUGUGAAAUUCAACUCGACGCACCUGUAAGAAAAUUGUUGUUCCUCCGCUCGAAAUAUUCAAAGUGCCGCUGUGUUAGAUGUUCUGUGACUUCAGGGUUUCAAUUAUAGCUUCGAGAUUUACUUUGUUGCCCGUAACGUGAGCUGUUUGCAAACCUUGCGAUAAUUAGAUCGGUGGCAAUCCAUCAACGAUGAUGGAUCCAGAGAACCAAUACCCUCAAUACGGGGAAGUUAAUCAGUUGGGCGGGGUGUUUGUUAAUGGACGGCCGCUGCCAACUAAAACACGAGAGCGCAUCGUCGAUUUGGCUCGCUUGGGUAUACGACCUUGUGACAUUAGUCGUCAGUUGCGGGUCAGUCAUGGCUGCGUAUCAAAAAUUUUGGCCCGCUUUCACGAAACCGGCUCAAUUAUGCCAGGUGCCAUAGGAGGUUCAAAGCCGCGUGUAACCACACCGAAAGUAGUGAACUAUAUACGGGAGUUGAAACAGCGCGAUCCCGGCAUUUUCGCCUGGGAAAUACGUGAUCGUUUGUUAAGCGAGGGUAUUUGUGAUAAAACUAACGUACCCAGCGUUAGCUCCAUUUCACGAAUUUUACGCAAUAAACUGGGCGCAAUUAGUCACCACCAUCAUCAUCAUCACAAUAGCGGCGGUGUGGUAGUUUCGCCCGCUUCAAAUUCAAACAGUUCUCUGCAGCAAACGCAUGCGCAUGCUCAUGCGCAUGCUCAUCAUCAUCACCACCAUACAGCGACGCAUGCAGCAGGUUUGGCCGCAGCUAGCGCCCAUCAUAGUCAUGCAGCAGUCGCUGCUGCGGCUCAUGCUCAUCAUUCUCAUCUCUAUUAUCAGCCUUAUGGCGCUUACAAUAUGAAAUCGGCUGUAGCAUGUGGCAGUCCAUCACCACCCCAUCAAGUUGGAAAUUCACAAGCGCACCAAUUUCGAUCUGCUGCUGCAGCAGCGGCUGCUUGUUGGCCAUCUUCGCAUACGGUUAGCGAUAUUUUGGCACAUCAUCAAGCAGUUGCUCUACGAGCCAGUUGCCAAGUUGGUAACGCUGUAGGAGUUCCCAUGUCACCCUCACCGAUCAGUGCAACUGGCAGCACCUCAACUCAACAAUUACUUGAUUGCGAAGCCGCCACCAGUCCGGUAGCUGCGGUAGCUCAGCAUCAAGUCGCUGCCACUCAAGUAGCAGUCGCAGCAGCUGCCGCUUCACAGCAACCCUAUAACUAUUACAUGUAUUUUCAAAAUGGCGGUAUGCACCACCAUCACCAUCACCACCCGGUCGGUGCUACAAGCUUAUGAGAAUGGCGAUAAGC